CGUUGGCUACGGCGCGGCGACCGGACCCUCUGCCUGGAGCAACACUGUGGAAACUAGACCACCCUGCCGUUGAGCUGUGGGAGGCGCCAGUGGGCGAGCUAGGGGCCCCGUAGAGUGGCUGGACUGAGGCAUGAGCCCCCGGUAGCGCAUCGAGGGACAGGAGGUGCACCCACACAUGGUUUGGCCCUGUGGCGACCACAGCAGCCCAGGUCAUCACCAUGGUGAAGCUGUUGGUGGUCAAAAUUCUUUGCAUGGUGGGCGUGUUCUUCUUCAUGCUGCUGGGUUCGCUGCUCCCAGUGAAGAUCAUUGAGACAGAUUUUGAGAAGGCCCACCGCUCAAAAAAGAUCCUCUCACUCUGCAACACCUUUGGAGGUGGGGUUUUUCUGGCCACCUGCUUCAAUGCUUUACUGCCUGCCGUGAGGGAAAAGCUCCAGAAAGUUCUGAGUCUCGGGCACAUCAGCACUGACUACCCACUAGCGGAGACCAUUGUAAUGCUAGGCUUCUUCAUGACCAUCUUCCUGGAGCAGCUCAUCCUGACCUUCCGCAAGGAGAAGCCUUCCUUCAUUGACAUGGAGACCUUCAACGCUGGCUCAGAUGCUGGCAGCGACUCAGAGUACGAGAGCCCCUUCAUGGGGGCUGCAAGGGGCCACGCACUCUACAUGGAGCCCCACACCCACAGCCAUGGGCUGAGUGUCCAGGAGCUCUCUCGCUCCAGCCCCCUGCGCCUCCUCAGCUUGGUCUUCGCGCUGUCGGCCCACUCCAUCUUUGAAGGCCUGGCCCUGGGCCUACAGGAGGAGGGGGAGAAGGUGGUGAGCCUGUUUGUGGGUGUGGCCAUCCAUGAGACGCUGGUGGCUGUGGCCCUGGGCAUCAACAUGGCCCGGAGCUCUAUGCCCCUGAGGGAAGCAGCCAAGCUGGCAGUCACUGUGAGCGCCAUGAUCCCCCUGGGCAUCAGCAUUGGCCUGGGCAUCCAGAGUGCACAGGACGUGCCCAGCAGCGUGGCUUCAGUGCUGUUGCAGGGCCUGGUGGGAGGCACCUUUCUCUUCGUCACCUUCUUUGAGAUCCUGGGGAAGGAGCUGGAGGAGAAGAAUGACCGCCUGCUCAAAGUCCUCUUCCUGGUGCUGGGCUACACCGUGCUGGCCGGUAUGGUCUUCCUCAAGUGGUGAACACCCUGUUGCCAUCGUUAUUCAUCAUAGUCACCCCACCCUGUGGGAGCACCGGGCUGGACACAGGCCACAUCCCCCAGCCCCGCCUUCCCCCAGCGGGGAGCUCAGGCUCUCAGUUGCUGCCUAUCCACAGAGGGGCCACCCAAGAGCAGACUGGACCCUAGAUUCUACACCCCGAGCCUCAGGGCAACACUCCUACUUGUAAAACACUUCACUUAAAGGUAUUUACCGAAA